AUGGGCGCACCGCUAGGAUUGAUCGAGCGGAUGGAACCGCAGCUGGCGGGACUGCUGCUGUCUCGGUGCGUCUCGCGCCGUGUGUCCUUCCUGGCCCGCACGACUCCCCUCCCAUCCCUGCCCAAGGAGGAGUGGUCCGAAUGGGGGAGGCGGCUGCUGGAAACUCUGCUCACAGCAUGUGGCAUCAAUCACCCGCGGGGGACCGAGGAAACAGCACGCACAUGGGCGCAAGCCUCGCUCCCCGUAUCGCUCGGUGGCCUGGGGCUGACGGAUCCGUCCGUGGAGGGAAGCUACAGCUUCCUCGCCAGCUACACGCAGGCGCAUCUCCUCCUUGACUCCCUCGAUGGCGACUGCACUGGCCCACUUGAGGCCACCCGCGAGCAGAUGCGCGGCCCCUACACUCAGAUGGACACAGGAAUCAUAGGCCGGCCGCGCCCCUUUGGGCUUGAGCUGAGGAACGUCAAGUGUGGGCGGUGUGGGGGGAUAGGGCACAGCAGCGGCGAGAGGGAGUGUCCUCUGUUUGACUCCGUGACUGAAAACGACCUCAAGCGCCAGCAGCGGGAGGACCCACUCUCUCACAUACUCGCCCUCAACCGCCCCCAGCCCUUUGGAUGGCAGCUGAAGGAGCAAGGGGCAGGCGGCAUGAGCCCCGUCCGGGGCGGCUUCAAGCCGAACGACGCCAACCAGCAGAUCCUGCCGCCCAGCGACGACGAGAACGAGGGCGUGUUCGACCAGUACGGGGGGUUUCUUUUAGGAGGAGAGGCGGAUGUAGCAGCAUUGGCCACAGGUGAUGCUGCUGGGGGGGGGAUCGGAGGGGUGGGAGGGGUGGGAGGUAUUGGAGGGGGAGGGGUGCUUAUGCCUGGUCUUGGCUCUUCUGUGUUAGACUCGCUUACGAAGAAGCAGCGUAAGGAUUCGAGAGAAGAGGAGAACGAAGAUGGAGAGGAGAAGGGGGAAAGAGGGAGCAGGCACAGGCUAGAGGGGGAGGAGGUAAAGGGGGGUGCUGGUGGAAAUGGUGGUGAGGGUGGUGGAACGAGGUGGGAAGAUGAGGUUGGGGAGGAGCGAGGAGGAAGAGAAGGGAUGGAUGGUUACAGGGAAGGGAAAUUGGGACAGGAGGGUAAGGAUGGGAAAGAGGAGAAGAUCAAGAAACAAGGGGGAGGGGAAAAGAAGAGAGUAGAGGGUUGGUCGAGAAAAGAGGAAGAGAGGGGAGUGGAAGGGAAGAGGGAACAUUGUGGGGGAAGAAGAGAGGAGAGGGGUUGGAGAGUGGAGAGGGAUGAGAGGGAAAGAGAUAGGCGGAGAGAGGGUGACAGGGAUUAUGGUAGAGGGCGCAGGGACAGCACAGCGCUUCACUGUGCAGCGUUGGGUGGAAGCCCCAGAGCAGUGGAGGUGGUUUCGUUUCUUCUCCGUCACGGAGCCGAAAAAGAUGCCGUCGACCGUGACGGAAAACGUCCAGUUGACGUCAUUGCAGUCUCCCCGAAGCUUCCUCACGUCAAAUCCGCCCUGGAGCGGCUUCUCAAAUCCUCCUCGUCCGCCGGUCCCGACGUGAUCUACCACCGUCCGUCUCCGUUCAUCAUCGUCCAAUCAGCGGCGUCCUCGUCUCCACCGUUCGAAUCUCCGUCAUCGCCAAACUCCCACUCCGCGUCGCCCAACAUGCUCUCUCCCGCAACCUCGAGCAGCAGUGACCUCUCUUCUAACUCCACCGGACUCGACGUGCUUGCGCCGACCACUCCAUCCACUGGCGCCGGUGUAGUCGACUCAUCCAUGGCGGAUAUGAAAAGCAGCGUGUACGCGUCGGACGAGUUUCGGAUCUACAGCUUCAAGGUGCGGCCGUGCUCGCGCGCGUACAGCCACGACUGGACGGAGUGCCCGUUCGUGCAUCCGGGGGAGAACGCCCGCCGGCGCGAUCCGCGCAAGUUUCAUUACAGCUGCGUGCCGUGCCCAGAUUUCCGCAAGGGAUCGUGCAGGAGGGGGGACUCGUGCGAGUACGCGCACGGCGUGUUCGAGUGCUGGUUGCACCCCGCGCAGUACCGAACCAGGCUUUGCAAGGACGGCACCAGCUGCUCCCGCCGCGUCUGCUUCUUCGCGCACACGUCCGAGGAGCUCCGCCCCCUGCAGAGCCCCGCCGCGGGCACCCCCGCCAAUAUGUUAGCGCACUCUCCCGCGGACAUGCGCGCAGUCACCGCCUCCGCCGACCUCCCCCCGCCUUCCCCCUCCUCCGUCCGCAUGAUGUCGCAGUUUGCGCCGCAUAGCGCAACCAGCUCUUCCCCCACUGCCCCCAACUCCCCAUCCAUUGCCACGUUUUCCGCGUCCGGGAAGUGCAUGCCCGGGGGAGGUCAGUCCGCGGGCGGGGGUGGACACGGGGGAACUGCGCCGCUGAGCCUGUCGUCGGGGGACCACAUGGAAUCCAUCACACGUGCCGACCUCGGCGCAGCGCGAGUCACCGGCGACCUCGGCGAACUCUCCCUCACCCGCCAGGGUAGAUCCCCGGGCGUGCCUUUCCACCAGCUCCAGGACGCGCCGUCCCGUUAUGUGUCGACUCAGAACUCGCUCGGAAACGACUUGUCCCUCGGCCGAAACCCGGGGAGGAGCCCGGGCGUGAGUUAUCAGCUUCAAGACGCGCCCUCCCCUGGCCCUGGUAGGGGCGCCCAGCAGCUUUAUAGCCCCUUACGCCCGGACGUUCUCAGUGGGGAUAUGGGCGGCGUGGGCGGGGGAGUUGCGGGUGCAGGGGGGCAAAUGGGCGCGAACAGUGUUCCGUCCAGUCCUGGACGAUUAGGCAUGACAUUAUCAGGGGAAGGCUCGCGUCUUGGGCCUGUAAGCGGCUCCUCAAGCCCCUCGCUCCCUGCCCCUAGAACUUAUGGGGGUGCUGGUAGUGAUGCUGCGCCUAGGAGCUAUGGGGGUGUUGGUAGUGAUGGUGGCAUGGGGGGUGCAGAUGGAGGGAUGUUUGGUGCUCUACCCUCUCCGAGCCAGUCUCCUAGGUAUGGUGCUGCCGGGCCUUCUGGCAUGUUCCGAGGCGGGUCGGUAGGACAGGCAGAGCAGAUGAUUAUGCAGCUGCAGCAACAGCAGCAGCAGCAGCAGCAACAACAGCAGCAGCAGCAACAGCAGCAGCAGCAACAGUUCAGGAAUGAAAGCGAACGGGCAUAUGCGCUCUCGUCCUCUCCCCAACCCCAGCCAGUCCACUCUGUACCCACCUAUGAACCCCGCUUGCUGCCACCCCAGGGAGAAAUGCCCUCCCAGCAGGGAGCUGGUCUUUCUAAAGGAGCAGGGGGUCAGCUUAUAACGGGGAUAGGGAGGGAGGAGGUACAGGAGACGGAUGUGGGGUGGGUGGGAAGCCUGGUUCGAGAUGGAGGGAGUGGUGCUGGGUUUUGA